CCGGAGUCCCCGCGGCCUCUCUCUGUGCCGCGGCCCCGCCCCGCGGUGACUGUGUGUCCGCUCCGGUGUGACAUGGCUGUGGGCCCCGCGCUGCCGCUGCCGCCGCUGCUGCUGUUUGUCCUCUCACUGACUGAUCCGCAGGAAGCAGCGCCGCCCCGGAAAAUAGCCGUGGUGGGUGCAGGGAUCAGCGGGUCAGCAGCUGCCUAUUUCCUGAGACGUGAAUUUGGUCAUGACGUGAAGAUCGACGUAUACGAGAAGCACGAAGUGGGAGGCCGCCUGGCAACGGCCACUGUCAAUGGUCAGCAGUAUGAGACUGGGGGCUCCAUCAUUCACCCCCUCAACCUGCACAUGCAAGAGUUCGUCAACCAGUUAGGUCUGAAGCACAGGAAAAACGUCCCGGAGAAGGUUGCAGUGUUCGGCGGGGAUCAAUUUGUGUUUGAGGAGACUGACUGGUACCUCCUGGACCUGUUCAGACUGUGGUGGCGUUAUGGCUUUGGAUUACUGCGGCUGCAGAUGUGGGUGGAGGAGGUGCUGGAGAAAUUCAUGAGGAUCUACAAGUACCAGGCUCACGGCUACGCAUUCAGUACAGUGGAGGAGAUGCUGCAGUCGCUGGGAGGGCAGAGUUUCAUUAACAUGACCCGCAAGUCAGUGUCCGAGACCCUGCUGGAACUGGGGGUCUCGCAGCGCUUUAUCGACGAAAUAGUGACAGCGGUCAUGAGGGUGAACUACGGCCAAUCAGCCUCCAUUCCUGCCUUUGUUGGAGCAGUGUCCCUGGCUGGUGCCCAGGCUGGGCUGUGGGCGGUGGAAGGAGGCAAUAAGGUUGUGUGUUCCAGUUUACUGGAUGCAGCAAAAGCACAUGUUAUCCACACUAGAGUGGCCUCCAUCUCCCUGCAGAGCUCAGGAGCUAAGCCACUAUAUCAAGUGAGGUAUGAGAAUGAAGAGGAGCGAGGAUAUGAUUUCUAUGACAUUGUACUUAUUGCAACCCCGUUGCAUCAGGGAUUGGGAAACAUCACCUUUGACGAGCUCAUUCCACCGGUCACCGAGUUCCCUGGUCGCUAUCACCAGACCAUCACGUCCAUCGUUCAUGGCUACCUCAAUUCCUCCUAUUUUGGCUUCCCGGAUCCCAAACUUUUCCCAUUCGCCUCCAUUUUCACUACAGACAGCCCAAAGCUUUUCAUGUACAGCAUCGCCAACAUCUGCCCAGUGAACAUCACAAACCAUUACAGGAGGAAACAACCCCAAGAGGCAGCCGUGUGGAAGGUCUUCUCACCCAACCCACACCAAGAACAGCUGAAGACGCUCUUUCGUUCCUACUACUCUGUCCAGGUGACUGAGUGGCUAGCAUACCCACAGUAUCACUCGACCAAGGAGAUUCCUGGCAUCAUUCUGCACGAUAGCCUCUACUACUUGAAUGGGAUAGAGUGGAUGGCCAGCGCCAUGGAGACCAGCUCGAUUGCUGCCAAGAACGUGGCUUUGUUGGUGUAUAAUCGCUGGAAUCAACACCUCGACAAGAUCAACCAGAAAGACUUGGUACAUAAGAUCAAAACCGAACUGUGAGUGCCGAGGCGGUCAUGGAAAUGUGGGACUGUGCGCUGGGCAUCCAUGCUUUUAGUUUACAAUUUCUGUUAUUCAGUAGGUGGUUGUAAAAGCAAAGGCUGAUCCCCUCUCGAAUGAUGCUCUUGUUAAAUGCUGACCUGCUGGA